GGAAAUAGUUUAUUCUUGUCCCCUAUUCUGAACCUUGUCCUUGUUCCUGUGUAAAAAUCCUAAAAUCCUCGGUAGCUGUAUGUACUAGUAAGAACCCCAGCUGUAAUUUUGAAGCAUCGUAGUUUCUCAUCCACGACUUCCUACAACAGAAGCUGAAGAUGCUCUCCCCCCGCAGUAUGAUCUCUACUGCCACGACGAGCAGGCGGCUCGCCCAGCGGGUUCUCCCCCUCCUGAUCACCCUCUAUAUGGGUUGUACAAAUGUCUGGGUCUGGAAACUUGUAGUGCUGUCUUGGGAAAAAUAGUGAGUGCUCUGUAAUGCUGCAGAGCCAAGCAUGAAAAAAAUCUGCAGUUCUUUGUGUUGCGUUUUUCGCAUGAGAAGCUGCGUUUUUGCAUGACAGGCGGAAGUGUCUCUUCUUCGACACGCAUCACAAACUUUUUUGUCAUGCCAAACAAGCAUGACAAAUCUCGCAAUCUUCCAGAUCCAGACAUUUUUGCAUGUGAUACUCUACCAGGCGCAUCAGCUUCUCGGCAAAGCAACACCAGCAACAUCAGAAAAGCCAGCGGAGCAAGAACAGCAGCAUGAGGAGGAAGACGAGCCGCCACCGUCCUUUUUCGGCCUCCUUUUCCUCGACUUUCUCAUCCUGGUCUCCGACGUUUGCGGGUUUUUCGCCUUCUACUGCGUCUUCCAUUCGGUAAAACGACGCGGGCCGAGGGGUGUGUCCCUCCAGUCUUUUCUCGGGUUCGCCGCGGGCCGGUGUCUCCAUUCCUGCAGUCACAUUUUCGGGAUCCACUAUUCCCCGGAGGUUUUUCCCCCGUUCAUCUACUUGAUCGUGGACGGGUUUGCGGUGUUUAUGGGGGUGGUCACCACCGUUGCUUUGUAUUGUGUCAGUAAUUCGAUUAAAGAAGAUUUUGCGGAUGACGUCUUCGGCCGGGCGUUUCUGAAGCGGAUUUUACCCAAACAAUACCACGACACGUUGUUCGUCCAGUUCGGGGGCUUGCUGGUGUUUUCCGCGAUUGUGGCCUGUUUCUGGUCAGUCACGAGGUGCUCGAUCAUCACGGCGGAUGGGGACGUGCCAUUCGCGUUCUCUUUGUGCAUGCUCUGCAGCAUUUGCGAGAUUGUUCAGGUAUAGUACUUAUACGGAGAAAUUUGAAGUGAUUUUGUCAUGCAGAUGUACGAAGUUUUUAUACUCUACUUCCUUUUUGAAAAGACAUUCAUCUGUGUCUGUUUCUAUCAUGCAACAACGAAAAGUUUUUGCUGCUUUCAAUUUCUGUUUCUCAGUCCGAAUGAUUCCCACCACCAAAAAACCACUUACAGAUUAUGUCCGUCCUCCCCCAACUCCUGAUGCUGUACAAGACAAAGAAGAUUCCGGUGCUUCUCGGUGACUUCCUCAUGUUCCAGGGUAUAGCAAAAUUCUGCACCCUUACCUUCUGGCUGCUCUUCCCAACGGUGAACGGCUGGUCACCACACAACCACAACAUGGCGACUGCCACGGAGUUUUUUAACCUGCUCAUAUUAUCGGACUUCAUCUACUUUUACAUCAAGAGCAAAGCCGCAAAUACGCUACUGGGGAGGAAGGAAAGCGAAAUGACGAUCGACUACGACGGGGCGCAUAACUGGGUAUGAUGAUUUUCUGGUCAACAUGUCAUGGAUAGAUCAUAGAUUGUUCGAUUUUUGGUACUGGGGUUCAGUCCGUUCAAAUUUAUUGCAGCUAAGUACUCUUUUUGUACUACCGUUUUUACUUAGUUACAUUUUUUUCAAUUUACAACAACAAUACACACUUUUUUCUGAAUUACAAUUUUGCAUAAUUAUCACACUUAUCUUCGAAGCCAUUCUUGUCCUUCUGGAUAAGUGCAUUGUCAGACAUGCAUAUCACCGAGUCUAACUACUUCAAUUUUAGAAAUUUUUCCAUUCCGAAAAACCUGCUAGGCCCCAAGCCAAAAGCAACUCAAACGACAGCUGUAGUUGUGAGAAGGGCGGCAGCAGCUACUUAUUCAUCACCUAGGGCUGAGCUACUUGUUUCUUCCCCCGCAUCCCUGCUAUUCGCAAGCAGUAUCCCUGUUUGUCGCAGUGGUGUAGAGGUUGUAGACACUAGCAUAUUAGAAACGAGGAGGUAGUAGUUCUUCAUCAUAGUCCCACUGGUUAUUGCAGUAGCGAACAGGUGUGAAGACAAGAUUGAUUAUAGGUUUUCUUAUGAUCUUCACGACGCGAUAACUCGAAAUCUAGAACCUGCUAUCGCAAACAGCCACGUGGGAUGAAUUUAGAAAUUGAAAGCGGAGCUCGCUCUACUAGUGCUGUUGUAGUGUAGAAGUUGUACUUAGCUGCUCUUUGUGGUGUAGUGCGAUAAACUACGUUCCAAUCUUUUAGGCAGUAGAGGAGUUCUUCGGCUUUUUAGCAAAGAACUCUUUGUC